AUGACUUUAACAGGUGGUCGAGCCUUUGCUUUUGCUGGCAUCAGACAGCCUUGUGACUCGAAAGCUAGAAUGCGAUUUGGCGAUGCGAUGAACAAAAUGUUGUGGGCAGAAUGGCAGAGUUCUGCCAACGACUUUGGCAAUACCGUAUCACUGUUGACGCUUGCUCGGCGUUCCCUCCACGUCCAAGGCCGGAUCACCAAUAGCGCGCAGGCGGACAAAUUGAACACUGAAACCUCGUAUGUCUUGGAGAGCUGUGCGAUCGAGAACCAUCGCCGUGAGGUCGCUUUUGCUGUUGCUACCGGAUAUGAUGCAUGGUGGAGGCUAUUGGACAUCACCCUUACCAAGUGCUUCCAGCGUCUGCCGCACGACAGGCGCGAAAAUAUGCUCUUUGACUUAUUGCACGUUUUACCCACUGCAAUUCGUUCCUCUGACAUCCAGGAACCUACCGCAGUUCUGCUCUCGGAAGCAGUAUUGUCUUGCAUCACGAAGCUGCGCGAAGAUCGACGUCAUCAAGUUAUGCUACAAUCUGCCGGCGGGGACACUGACGCAGGCUCUUUGCCUGCAGAGAGACUGUUUGCGCUUCUUCGCAGCAUCCUUGACUGCAUCCUGGAUAACAACCGUUCCGAGUUGGUCCGUGGCAACCUAUACGCUUCUUUGAUCAAUUACUUCCACCUUAUUGGAGGGAGUGACCAGAGGCCUUCGGGAGAAACGUCAUUGGAGACGUUCGGGAAGCACUCGAUGUCGAUGUCAAUGUCCCUCUCCAUUCUCUCCUCGCGCGAUGAUUUAUCCCUAAAUGAUUCUCGAUCCAUGCGCGGAUCGCCAAGGCCUGCGACAAAUGCAUCUGCGCUAGAGCUUGGUACGCUGGGUGCGUUAAAAAGCGUGCUCGAGAGACUGGUCACGAUCAUAUCCCAGGACGCAAUUGAUGGCACUGAAGUUUGGAAGACUGUCGCUUUCAUGCUGUUGGACUCCCUCGCUCAGCUGUGCCGCUCGGAUAAGUCCCGCAUGUUUCUUACGUCUUUGGUUCGCUACGGGAUUUUGUCGAACUUUGUCCAAGGGCUGAAGGAAGCGGAGCCGCAAAUACAGUACGUGCUCAAACCAGAUCCAGACGAUCUAAAUCCUCUAUAUGUUUACGAGUCAAAGAUGUCCUUCUUGAUACGGAUGGCACAAACGAGGCUGGGUGCGGAAUGGUUACUUGAAGCUCGAAUUUUCCCGGUCCUGAGUCAAUGCGAGUUCUUGGAUACGAGACCAGAAGCUGAUCAGUCGUUUAUGGACCAAGACUCUUUCUUGCCUUCGGCGAUUCAGCGAUACCACCAGCUAUUCAUGCCGGCACUUCAGCUCGUUGCUGCGAUGUUGACGACGCUAGGAGUUCAGCAUGCUACUGCGAGCAGCCAGGCAUUUGACUUAUUAAGCCAUCGAGAAACUAUCAUCAUUCUUCUCAAAAAUGAUUCUGAAGAGAUUGGCUUCCUCCUGACGCUCGUUCCAAAACUUGAGCUGAUGUCAACGAAUUCUGGGUUCAGUGGUAUUCAUGGUGCUGUGUUAGGCCUUGCUGCGCGGUGCCUGGGAAACAGAAGCUGGAGUCAAGCGGUCAAACCUCAGACGGACGCUGAGGUUUUGCGAGCUAGCCUUUUUGCAUCCGAGCAUGGAUCGACUACUCAAUUUGAUCCGAGUUUGAGGCGCCAAGAACGGUUGCUACUCAAGGCUCUCGUGGAGUAUCUAGACAUCGCGCAGAAGAGGUCAUUGAUAUUCAGAGAGUACGAGAGGUUCAGGAACGAGGCUCAAGAUGAAGUUAAAAACAUGCUCGGUACUACUGAGAUGGUAUCACUAUUGCUGUGGCGCCAUCUCGUGAGCUAUGUGGAGUGUGACUUGUUGAGCAGCGAAAUCUCGGCGCCAACUAUAAAUAUGAAGAGCAUCCUCAGGCUUCUUCCACCUCCGGACUUUGAUUCGUUCAAGGCCAACGCUGGUAAACGAUUGAUUGGUGCUCUCGCGAGGUUGUCAACAUUGGAUCUAACGGUAGAUACGCUGGGAAGUGAGUGGCAAUCAUACCAAGGAUAUAUUGAGAUUAUGUCACGGAGGUUGAGGGAUACGGUUUGGUUGCAUGAGGCUCUCGAAUAG